AUGUUAUCGUAACAAUAAUCUAGAAGAUUUGCACCAAAUCAGCUAUCUAAUAAUUCUUAGUUCCUGAAUGAAAGAAUUGAAGUUGAAUCUCCCCUUUAUAAUAAUUAAAUCAAAAGUAAGUAAAGUUAGAAAGCUAAUAGAAAAGUAAUCACAUAAUGUUGAGAACUUUAACCCACCAUGUACUAGAGAAAAUUUGAAAUUUAUUUAGAUUAACAACAUAGAAAGCAUCGUAUUAGAGGAGGAUCUAUUGUCACCAUAAAGAAAGUCCUUUUUAAAUACAAAAAUACCUUAUAGAGUUUUGAGAAUGAAGCAAUAUAGCAAUAAAUAUCAAAAAAGUAAAAGUUAGAUUUAAGCUGCCCAUUUCGUAUAUGGAACUGGAAAAAUCCGUAGAAGAAGUGAAUAAGAUAGAGGUAGUGAGAAAUAAGUAAAAAAAUAAAAUAUAAAUUAGGUCAGACUCUCAACUCUUUACCCGAAUACAUAUGUUGCACAACAUUUUUAACAGAAAGCCUUAAGAAAGAAUGAAAUGAGGAAGAAAUCAAUAUUCAAAAGAAUGUCAAGUAUUUUAAUAAAACAUUCAAACAAUAUAAAAACCCAAAGUAGUUUAGGAAUAUCAUAAUUACAAAAAUUAGAUGAAUCUCCUACAAAGCUAGAAGAAAGGUCUCCUUUAUUUAUAAUUAAACAAUUUGAGUAAUAAUUAGGUUAAAUGAGAGAAUCUUAAGAACUUUUUGUUAAUAUUUAGAAUUCUGAAAAGUAUAUCUAAUUUUAGGAAGAAUUAAAAAGAUAUUCUUCAUCUGUUAAUAAUUCUCCAUUUGGGAAAAGAAUAUUGAAAAAACAAUAAAAUGAUUAUAAUAUAGAGUAACCAAAAGUUGUAUUGAAUUUAAGUAAAAAGCAUAGAAAGACUUUUACUUCAAUUCAAAAUUAUGUUAAUGAAAGAUAAUAAAGUAUUUAAACAAAUUCAAUAGCAAAGAUGAUAAAUUAAGUUUAAUUAUAAUAUUAGUAACUAUAGAGUCUUACAGAAACUGAUUCCUCAUCUCCAAUUAAAUUAAAAAAUGCAUUUACCAAUAACAAUUUAAAUCAUAUCAAAUCAUGGUCUAUUCUUCCUGAUAUCAAAGAGACAGUGACUUAAAGAUCAAUAACUAAUAGAAAUUUAAAAACUUUAGAGAAAGUCAAAAAUGUAUACAUUUUUAGUCCAAAAAAAAAUAAAACCUAAUUUGAAAAAAUCAAGUUGUGA